CACAUUGUCUACACCAUAUUGGUAACGCCUCCAGCCUGUUGUUUGCCUCUCACUUCAUUUGCGCCUUCAACCAUUGAAUUUUCCCUUUCCAUGAAGUCUCAAAAGGGUAUCGCCAUCGUGUUGGGUGACUCCCCGCAACAAAAGUCACAUCUCCUCGGUGUUAACUCCAUCCAGCACAAUCCAGACUCGCAGGACAUCUUCACGGCCGGACGUGAGGGCAGCGUGUUGCAAUGGUCACCGAAAACCGUCACGCAGUGGGACGAGCCGGUCACCACGGAUGACCGUAUCUCUUCCAUCGCUGCCAGAACCACCAGCUUGGACUUUGACUACUCGGAUGACUACUUCAUCGAGUUGGAAGAUGCAACCAUCCGGAUGGAGCAUAGCCAGCCGCGGAGCCAGGACUACGACGUGGUGGAAAAGUACAGCAUCCAUUCGGACUGGAUCAACGACUUGAAGCUUAUGAACCACAACCAGCUCCUUGUGUCAGCGUCGCUGGACCUCUCCAUCAAAAUGACCAAUGUCCUGGACAGUUCUGGCAGCACCACAUUGGGGGUUCACGACGACUACGUUAAGGCGUUAUCCAACCCUUACAAGGGCUCGCCUAGCUCGCCCAUCAUCGUCUCCGGGGGGCUUGACAAACAGAUCGCCGUCUGGGAUAUAACCAAGCAAAAAAAGGUGACUAGCUUCGUGAAUCCCCACCCUCGCGGGUCCAUCUACGCUCUUGCCUCGCACAACUCCUUGAUCGCGUCGGGGGGCCCGGACAAUAUUGUUGCGCUUUUAGACAGCCGCGUGUCCCAGGAUUCCGCCACAAACCUGUCGUUAGGGAUCAGAAAGUUUACUGGCCACCAGGACACGGUUAAGGCGUUGGUUUUGACCGAGAAGUACAUUCUCAGCGGUUCGUCCGAUUCCUCCAUCAAGCUCUGGUGUCUCAGAACGAACAAAUUGGUAAAAAACUUCGAGUUCCACAACGCCCCGGUGUGGUCGUUGUGCGUGAACGAGACGGAUGUCGUGAGCGGUGAUAUCAACCGGUUCUACUCGGGCGACAAGCUCGGCAAUGUAGUCAUGUCGGACAUGAGCUACUACAACCACCCGUCACUCUUUGAGGCGUCGAACGAUGGGGGCGAUUUUGACUUUUCCGCCAUCAAUGAUGCCUUAGGCAUCCACACCAUCGUCUCACAAAACAACCACUGCAGCGGGAUCUUGGAUAUCCACGCGAUGGGCGAUGGCACCUUGUGGUCCGCCACCAACAACUCGCUCAACCACUACUUUUUGCCAAGGACAGAGGCCUUGCAGAAUUACCAGUUGGCAAAGAACGUGGAGUUGGUCAAGUCUGGUGGUGAUGUACUGGCUGUGGCUGCCGGUAACGACUUGGCAAGUUUGUUGUCGUCGGACGAUGAGGAAGUGUUCCACCACCCCCUCCACGGGGCAAAGUCAAUCAGAUCCAUGAGCCUGAACCCCGGGAUGACAGUGUUUGGAAUCGGACAGAUCACGACUUUGGACCAGCAGUUGAACAACGAAGACAGGAGCCUGCGCUCCGGGUCGAACCACAACACCGACGACGAAGACGACGAGGAAGAGGAGGAAGAAGAAGAGGAGGAGUUUGAAACCAUUUUCCUAUGCUCUAUGGGUGGUGCCUCCACGGAAUUCACCACGUUCCCUACUGGAGAGUCCGAUGACGACUUACUCUAUGGGUUCGAGGUGGACAUCAUCCGCGAGCCGUUGCCGUGUCCGGUGCAGAUUUUCCGGGCCUUCAACGCCAAGCCGUUUGAAUCCUUCCAGGCGCUCUCGGAUAACGCGUUGCUCAAGGCAAUUAUCUUGAACAACAGACGCACCGUGAUGAGCUUGACCAACAAGGGCCAGGUGUUCUGGUGGGACUUGCUCACCUUCAAGAGAACAAAGGCCACGUUGAUCAAGGUUGACGAGAAUGACUACGCCAACGACGACCAGCACCGCCACUCUUUGUUGAUCGAAAAGUUUGACAAGCUUGUUUCCGAGAACCAGCCAAGCGAAAGCGUACCGCAGUGGUGCAAAGUGGAAACCAAGGGUGGGAAGAUGGUGAUCUCAUUCAACCAGAACCAGUACUUGGACGCAGAAAUAUACUGGGACGAGUUCUCUACCAAUUACACGUGGGACGGCUACAAUAGUGAGACGCCCCGGAACGGUGAUGAAAGAGUUUCUCUCGCCAAGAUCAUUUUUGGCAGCUUGUUAAAGCCGUUUUUGGAUAAGGAAAUCCAGUUAGACGAAGCCUUGAGAUUCAAUGAAUUGACUGAGUUGAAGAAGGACCCACAGAAUGUCAUCCUACCAAAGACUGAAAUGGCCCCACCGAUUGUGGAUCCUACUCCUACGGCCAACAUCGACAAGGGGGAUAAAAAGUUCAAGCUCUUUGGUAGAAAGAAGGCCCCCACUCCUCUGGCGCCAGUACCCGUCCCAGCCCCUACCGGCACCCCGAAUGGUAAUCCAUGCAAAAGCGAUUCAUCCGAAAACGCCGCCAGCACUAAGUAUGACAUCAGCAAGGACAACAUUUCCACGAUGCUCGCGGAAGUGCGCGAGAAGUACAUGCACCAAGACGUCUCUCUCGAGGAUUCCUUGUUGGCGGCGGUAGAGGCCCCGGUCAUUCCCAAUUUGCCUAACACCGCCAAGAUCAUCGUGCAGGAAAACCUUAACGGUCUUGGUAACUCGAUUGACUUGUUUUGUUUUUCUGCCGCGGAUUUGGAGACGAGAUUGGACGAUCCUGCUUUCAUGAAGGGCGUGAGAGAUGGCCUUCCACGAUGGAUAGGUGAGGGGUUUUUGAUGAACAGUUUCCCUGAAAAGGAACAGCCUAAGAUUGGCUUCGUCGUUCGAGAGAAACUUGAGGCCGGUGCCAAAAAGGGCGACAACUUGCCAGCCAUCGACCACUCCAACGUAAAAUUGAACGCGACCCACUCCUUACGCGUCAAAAAGCUUUUAACCCACAUCACCGACCGCUUUGAAAGCAAAACGCCGGAAAUGAAGCUUAACCAGCCUCCAGAGGAAUGGCUUGAAAUAUACUGCAACGGUAAGGUAUUGCCGUUGGAUAUGACAUUGAUGACGGUAAAGAUGACGAUUUGGAAGAGUGGUGGUGACAUGGUAUUGUACUAUAAGAAAAAAAGUGAGAUUUGAGGCGUAUGACAAAGGGUACAUAGAAAUACGAUAUAUCUAAGACUUAAACCUUGUAUUGCCAG